AGGUGAUGGGCAUUUCUCCUUCACUGUGAUUGGUCGUCAGAACCCCUCAGCCUGGUUAAUGUCCGUGUGCGCCAUGUCUGCUGUGUACUGGUUCCAGUCCUUCUUUCUUAUCACGAUGACUCACCUAGUAGUGGUUCUCCUCUGGUGUGAAGCAGCACUUCCUGGCCUCCUUGCAGUUGCAUCUUUGCCGGCAGUCACUUGUGACGAGGAAAGUGUGGCUGCGGCCACAAGCCUUGGUGUCCAACACAUCAAUGCAAAGCACAAGCAUGGAUUCAGGUUCAAGCUACAAGAGGUCCAGAGCAGCAAAUAUCAACAGGUCUCAGGAGGUUGCCACAUAGAUGUGAACGUAAAGCUGGCGCAGACCAAAUGUUAUGUCACCAACCCCAAACCUGACAACCAAUCCUUGAAGGCCGUUAAUGAUUCUGUGUUCAAGUUUAACCGGGAGGGCAAACAGGAGAAAUACUUUACCCUGAUGGAAGUCGCUUGUGUGACGUUGGGGUCCGUUCCAACCAUCGGCAUGAUUACCUCAUUCAAGUUUGCCCUGGUUGAGACCACCUGUCCUAGAGAAGCCAGGAAUACUUUUGGGGCAUGCACGCCUCUCUGUCCUGACAGAGCUAAUCACACCUUUUGUCAAACCUUCUAUUACAACUCGUACAGACAAGUGGGAGAACUUGACUGUGAAUUAUAUCCACCCAGGAAUCCAGGCCCUUACCCAACUGAUGUUCCAGAACCUGUAUGCAGCCCGUUGUUCCACGAAAGCCCAGAAGCUUGUUUGCAAGGAGCGUCUGAACUACCCCCAAUAAGGCUAUCCAUCACAUUUGUCCCUUCCCGCUAAAGUGAUUUCAUUGCUUGUCAACGAUUGUAAUAAAAGUACUUUGUCACCUCUGUGAUCGUUCUUGCUCAAACACUUCAUGGCUUUAGUUUUUCUUUAAGUUACCUUUUUGUAAUGCUUGUCUUGGUCAAUUCAAAAUUUUAGUGGUACAUUUUAAGUACUUAACUGAUUACUGGACCUCACUUGCAGCUCACAUCUUGACUAAUUGCACAUGGAAUCUGUUCCUGGCUUCCCCUAAAUGUUUUUGAGAAUAAAGGGGUA